AUGUCGCAGAAAGAUGCCGAUGCUGUUGCCAUGGUCCAGACGGGGGUCGUCGACAUGUCGGCUGACCGGCUGAAGACCAUCCUUUCCCUGAAGCAGGUCUGCUCCCGCCAAGAAGAAGAGCUCUUCCAAAAGUUUGCCCCGUGCUUACAUGCUGAUUUCUCACAUCCUCGCGAGAUUUCUCACUGUAUGGAAAAGUUGACUCCCAGGUUCUGUGGUGCGAAGGAAACGGCUUCCAAGCCGGAAGCGAAGCAGGAGGAUGGCAAGGCGGCGGAGCCAUCCGUCCGCCACGACUCGAAGGGCCCGGCGAGCCCUGCCAAAAAAGGGCGAACAGCCCAGGUCAAGUUGCAGGAGCGAGAGAAGAAGGCUGGGAAGCCUGACAAGGCGCAGACGACAAAGCACUACAUGUUUUGCUCACUGCUCUCGAAGCCGAACAUGCAGCAAGCCGUGAAUCACAUGCUGAAGCUGAUGAAUCCCAGUGUGACGUACACGUCUUUCGAGAUCGUGUAUGCCCCGCAACGGGGCGCGGCCGGGAUGCAAGCUGGCAUUCCCUCGGCUUCACGGCCCAUGUACGUGGUGGCUCCAAUGCCCGCCGCCGAAGGCCAGGAAAUGCUUCAUUCGCCUAGAACAGUGCCAUCUGAUGCUCAGCUGUACAUGUUUCAUGUGGCAGGAGCCGCAGGGCCGCAGCUAUGGACCUACCUCUCCUCCUGCAAGGACUCUGCUGUGAACACUCUGAAUGCUGGCAAAAUGGUGACGGUCGACAGCCGGCUGCCGUGGACAUGGGUGGCGGCCAAUUCCCCUCGGCUUUGCAUCAUCUUACGCCAUGCCGGUGCAGGUGCUUUCAAGAUGGGGGAGGUGCAGAGGGCCCUCGCUGGUGCCGGCUUCCCGAAGGCCGGUCCAGAUGUGAGGAUGAUGACGCUUCCAGAGGCAAUGGCAUCCGGCCCCAGGCUCAUGAAACUCGGUGGCAUUAACUAG